CAGUUACAGUUAUUACUAAACUCGAUGGCAAAUGAACAAUGGAACCACGAUAUCGCAUACGCGAUGACUCCCUUCAAAUUAAUAACAUGGCCUAUCGGUGUUUGGCCAUUGCAGGUUUAUGAUGUGUAUUCGUUAAUACGAUGCGUCUUCGGCACCUGUUGCUCGAGCUUAAUGGUGAUUUUGCCUUCUAUUGAGCUUUAUAUGGGCUGUACAAACGCGGAACAAAACGUAGACUGCCUCAUGCUCAUCUGCUGCGGGAUGCUUGGUAUACUAAAAAUAAUAUUAUUCCGCAUAUAUGCAAACAACUUAAUUGAUAAUUAUGAGUCUGCUCUGAACGAUUAUUUGAAUAUUGAGAAUGUAAAACAACGCACCAUUAUGCGAAGACAUGCUUUUAUGGGAAGGAUCCUCUGCUUUUUUAUGAUGUCCUUCUCUUACAUCAGCUGCGUGAUAUAUGGGUUACUUCCUUUCUUAGGUGAUGACGAUAGUCUAUCGAUUAACAUAACAAAUGAGAAUUCUGUACGAGAGUAUACUAUACCAUCAAGAUGUGCUUUGGAGUACUUUAAUGCUUCGAACAGCAUAUACAGAAUUGUUUGCUUUAUUGAAACUAUUGCACUAAUAUUAGCAACUUCUGCCAAUAUCGGUAAUGAUGCUAUGUUUCUCAACAUAACAUUGCAUAUGUGCGGUCAAGUAAAAAUUUUAAGAACCAAUUUCAUGGAUAUCGAUGUUACAAGCUCGAGAGCUUACGAUCGUUUCAAUAUACUAAUUCAACGGCAUAUUUACUUGAUACAUAUAGUCAAACAACUUGCUGAAACUAUCAGUUUUAUUUUGCUGACACAGUUAUUUAUUAGCAGUAUUCUUUUAUGCAUAAUGGGAUUUCAACUCAUUCUGUCGUUGAAAGUCAAUGAUAUUGUUAUGACAACAAAAAGCUUCUCGGUAUUGAGUGCUUUUCUCUCACAAUUAACACUAUAUAGUUUUAUCGGAGAUUAUUUAAAAUCUCAAAUGGAAGAAAUAGGACUUUCUAUUUAUCGAAGUUCUUGGUAUGACUAUCCUAGGAAACUAACGAGAAAUAUGAUUUUUGUUUUGAUGCGAACAGAAUCACCUAUAGCGUUACAAGCUGGGAAUUUCAUCAUGAUAAACUUGUCAACUUACAUGAGUAUCUUAAAAACUUCUGCUUCAUACUUGUCAGUGCUCCGCGUAAUGAUUGAAAUAUGAAAUACAACAUGUAGAAGUGAGGAACACUCAUAUAUGUUUUUUUACAUAUGGUUUUUUUACACAUUAUGAAUGUAUAAUUUAAAAUAGCAUUGAACAAGUGGAUAGAACAUGAAUAAAAAUAAAAAUUUAUG